GUGGGGUGUCGAAAGAUCGCUUGGCCUUUGAAGAGCUGGGUACGCGAGAGAUGGACAGGUUGUUCUCGACGCUGGAGCCGUGCGACGUGAGCGGGUUCAAGCGGAAGCCCACUAACCUGUUGAGUGCAGCCUCUCUGAUAGCGGGCACUGCGGUUGGUGCGGGCAUACUUGCUCUUCCCGCGGCCACACUUCAGGCCGGACUCUUGCCCAGCGCCGUCGGGCUCGUCAUGAUGUGGGCGUACAUGGUGGGCACGGCGUUGCUAAUUGCGGAGGUGAACGUUAACGUCAUCUGCUCGCAGGGCACGCCUGGAGUGGGCUUGAUUGCCCUUGCAGAGCAGGCUUUGGGAAAGGGCGGCGCAAGGUUCACUGGCCUCGUGUACGUCUUCAUCCACUACUCGUUGCUUGUGGCCUAUAUGGCGCAGGGGGGUGAGCUUCUCGCCGAGAGCUUCAACAGUGUGUUCGCAACCGCGGGGUCAGGCAUAGCGGCAUUGCCCGAGUGGGCUAGUCCUGUGGCCUUCUGCCUCGCCCUCGGUGGCUUGGUGUUAUUCUUCACCGAGGAAUUCGUUGCAUCUGUCAACAGUGUCUUGGUGGGAGUGGUGCUAUUAUCGUUCUUUGGCUUAGUGGGGGUGGGAAGCGGGGGCGUCCAGAUGAACUACCUCGCCGAACAAGACUGGAGCAAGCUGCCCUCCACUGUGCCGGUGCUGUUCAUCGCCAUGGUGUUCCACAACGUUAUUCCGGUCGUCACGACCCAGCUUGAAGGGGACGUCGACAAGAUUCGGAAGGCAGUGAUCGGAGUGUCACUGGCCCCACUACUCAUGUUCAUCGCCUGGAAUGGUGUGAUCUUGGGGAGCGUGUCGAAGGAUGCCGGUCUGGUUGCCGAGGCAGCCGGCGGCGUUUUCGACCCUCUCCAGGCUUUGCGAGCAAAUGCCGGCAGCGCGGAGGGCGCUGGAGCCCUUAUUGGGCCCUUGAUAUCAAUUUUCUCCGAAGUCGCCAUCAUCACAUCUUUCAUAGGUUUCAUCGUGGGCCUGCUGGACUUCUUCACGGACGUGCUCAAGAUCCCUCCCGGGGACACUUCCAAGGAGCUUCCAUUGUACGGCGCCAUAUUGCUCCCGCCCCUGGGCGUGGCUGUGACGGAUCCGGACAUUUUCUUCGCCGCCCUCGACACCGCGGGAACCUUCGGGAUAUCCUUGUUAUGCGGAGUGCUACCAGCCGCUAUGGCGUGGAGGCAACGAUAUAGCGGAGACAGCACGAUCGCGACACUGCCGCUCGUUCCAGGAGGGAAAGCGACCCUUGCAGGUAUUGCUGGGUUUGCCGGAGUUGUCAUAUUUCAGAAGCUUUUGGAAAUGGCUGGCUUGACCGUGCCCGCCUAAAGACCAAACAAGAGGAGACUGGAUAUGGCAUGGCAACUAUGGAACCGGUGCAACACAGGGUACAAGCCCUGGUGCUUAACACCACCCUCACCGCGAGAUGCCGUGUGAGGAGCAGUUGCAACACGAGUAUCAAUCACAGCUUGACGGAGGGAAAGACCAUUGAUAGAAGGACCAUUGAUACCCUUCGAGGCUUGUACGUCGGGUCGCUGUGCUAGCUGUCUGUUCGCAAAGCUUGUCUCGAGGUCGUACAUCAACGAUACUGAGAUAUUGAGGGUGGCACUGGUGUUCUUUUCUUUGCUCCCAUUCUCAAUCGUCAUUCGAAUGGUCUGACGAUCCUACGAUUUACCCCCCUCCAACUAAGAGUGUUCCGAUCCGGGUCAAGAGCUCGUCCGCGGUGUUGGUCCUGUGAAUACCCUUCCAGGGUCGAGAUUGCUGCCUCACACUGGUGGCCAGAGGGGCAGGUCGGGCACAAACUACAACCUGCGGGGGGGAGGUUGGGAGGACGACUUCGACCUUGAAUCCAUGUUUUCUUCAGGCUUGCAGCCCGUCGUGUUGAUUGCAAUAACGCCACUAUCCAAGAUGCGGGAUAACUUGCACGCUUUGGGCUGCAACCUCCCUACAACCUCCCCCCCCCAGGUUGUGUUGAGUGCCCCAACCUACCCACAACCUGCCUCUGGCCACCCGUGCAUUUUUAGCAGGAAUGAGGCUGCAAUCUAUCAGUCGGUUGUUUCCCACAAGCCAGUCACUGACAUUGACGACGUCGCGCUGUUGACCGCGCGAAGUCCCGGAGCUAAGGCGGUCAAAAGACGAUGUCUAUUGCCUCGUAGCGUGUUGAGGUGCCUACUUUGGAAGCAGUACCAGGGACAGAUUUUCUUGCCCGCCACGCGCACAUUUGUAGGUGGUGGUGCGCCUCAAAGUCAGAAUAGUGAUGGUCUAUCUUCCGCAAAAAGAGUCACACUUUGCAUAGAGUUUGGCCACUCGACUUCUCACGAUCGGGGAAGACUUCACCCAACUCUAACUGUUUUGAGGGAAUUCGGCCAUACGACUCCUGAUAUGCAUUGAAUAAAACAUAGCUGAACGAAAGCGAUUGAAGGGAUCCCGACCCCGACCAAACGGCUUCAUUGAUUGGACGGUAGAGCAACCGACAGCACACUUGACACAGGCACGGCUGCACCCGAUGUCACUUUGAGGCCGUCGAACAACACGACUUCCUCAAUGGCUUCCGUCAAUCCUCCCGCCCAAGCCGACCUACUCCAGAGCAUUUGGCGACACAACUUCAGCAACGACGUUAUCUGCUUACGCACGAGCGCCGGACACAUGCCCAAGCUGACGUCGAAUUGGUUCUAAUGGGAAAACAUGGGAACGCGUUGGUUACUAUCGUUGGGGUUGAGAAGUGCACCACAUGGAAGAGGUCGUCGAGGUGUACCGGUAAGUACGAACGUCAACGGUACGUGCACGGCCGCAGGGAGAGAGCAAUCGAACACGUCCAAACAGCGAUCGUUCUUGGAUUUGCCUAGGCCAUACUCGGAACAGCUUCCCGGAAGCAAGAGAAUGGCACCAAGCUCACCACAAACCGAACGUGGCACCGUCCAAGCCCGAUGCACGUCAGCGCUCUGCCCGAAAAGUCGUGGUUUGCAACACACAUGCCGUGUACACCGAUACUUGUACAAGCGAAGAACACGAGCAGACCACAGGCUGUCGUCUUCCUCAAACCAAGCACCUCUCCAGGGGAAAUUCGACAACUACCGUCACGUUCCAAGGGGGCGCCAUGUUCGCCUG